AUAUCACGUUUUAAUAAUAUUCUGAGCCACAGCGAGGAGCUAAAGCUGAAGAAGGAGUUAGGGGCUCUAUGCAAUGAGUCCCAGUGUGAAUUCCUACAAAUGAAGCAGCUGUUUUUCAACUCCCACACAUCCACCAGCACACAGGCCCAGCCACCAGACUCUCUCCGCACACUGGAGUCAUCAGGACUGAUGGAAGAGGCUACAGAGGGACUCUGUGGCACAUCGGACACACCCCAAAAUAGGACCUCACAGAUGUCUGCAGGGUCAGUCAGCCUGUUGGAGUUCCAUGCAGAUCUGCUACAAUCCCCACCUGCCUCCUUACCACAAAGUGCAUUCCUACCAGACAUCCCUAAAACGAAGUCAGAGGUGAGCAAGAGUCAAGGAACCACACGUAUGAAAGGAAUCAGUGAAGAGAGAAAUUCAGUUCAUUUGGUCCUGUCUCCUCCAGGGCAGAAACCUUCCCCGAAGCCGGCCAUAGCUCAGCUAGCAGGGACUACCAAAGUGGUGUCCAUGUCCAUGAGGCCACAGCCUCCCUCCAAGCCCAGGUCAGAGAGGCCAGCAACAGGGACCAGGACAUUUAUAUACAAGAGCAAGAAGGAGUCAGAGCAGGUGUCGGAGAAGGAAGCGGCUGAGAGGCGCAUCCAGAAAUCAAACUUCUUCAGCAGAUGUCAGGCUCUGAGCUCGGAUAACACCGAUGACAGCAGGAACAGUGAGGACUCGGGCUCCGAACAAUCCCACGGGAACUCCCCACAGAAGGUCAAGAAAAAGAAAAGGAGGGAACAGAAAGAUAGGUCUACACAUACACCAAGGACGUCCACUGACGACAGGACCUCAAAGAGCCAGAGGAGUACCAAGGCCCCCAACAGUAUCCACAGUGUCAAGUCCACCACAGAGCUGCUCGAUGAGGCCCGGGGCAUUGUAGGGGCCAAGGGGGCAGAGAGCCAGGAGGACACGGACCCCCAGCAGAGAGACCCAGAGGAGUCAGUGGCCAAGGCUAUGGGGCUUGUCAGAGGCAGAGGGAGGACGGUGGAUGAGAUCAUUGCCUCCCUACAGAGAGGGGACAGUGAUAUGCCAUCCGCCUCAGACCAGAUGAUCAAGGAGCUGAUGGAGAGAGUGCUGGGGGACAGCUACAAUGCUGACAACGAGGUGACAACAUGAUUACAAUAGGAUAACAACUGAUAAUAUGCUGAAUGGUCACAAACAUGUUGACCUUCAUACUUUUGGUUGAGAUUUUAAAUAAGCCCAGUGAUAGUUAAUUUAUAUUAGUUAUUUAAACAGGUAUUCAAUGCUCAUAACAAUUGCACUUCUAUUGAUUAAUGACAAUCUUUGUUUUUGUAUAACAAUCAAUCAUUUUUAAAGGAAGAGAAAACAGCGGAAUCAGAGGAGCGAGAAGAGAAUAUUGUCCAUGUACAAACAGAGGUAAUGCAGAGACUACAGUGUUUAGAUUUAUCACAUUUCACUUGCCUUGACUUGUGACAUUGAAAAAUAGGUUUUCAGAGCAUUUGAGAACUUUUUUAAGUGGAGUGGUUUCUGUUAUUAAGGUUGUAUAAAGUUGAAACUAAAUUCUACCUUGAUAAGGAAUUCUGUUUGUAUGAUAGUUAACAUUAACAAACAUAUCCUGAUUUUUCCAGGGAACUCAGAUGUCCCCGGUUCCACAGAGGAUGUUGUGGGUUAAGAGGGAGACACCUACCCCUCCAAGACUUGUUGAGUCCCCUAAAGUCAGAUCAGGGGUCUACAAGAUGGCUCACUCACUGUCUGAACGAGAGACAGACUGCGAUGACUCUAUGGCCUCUGCUCCUCCACAGAAGGUAAUACUUAGAUUUAGUUGGUUGUCAUUGUGUGAAGUUCAGUAGUUGUUUUACAACUGUACUAUCAGUUUAUCUUGUUCCCGCCUAAUUUAUGUAAGUCUUUUCUUAUUUUAGCUCCCACAAUUAGAAGACAAACAUUUGUCUUUUAUUUGUAUUAAUUUUUUUAAAGGUGACUUAUACAGAUGUAAUGACAGCUCGAGGAGAUACCAUAGCUCCUUCUCAGAGACCAGCGAGGGUGUCUUUACAAAACAAAACCAUUCAAAGCCUCUCUCUUCUAGCAACAUGGGCCCCCAAAGCACAGUAAGCAUCUUGUAUUCCCUCUCAGUCUGGUUGAUCAUGAGAGUUGUGAGUUGUUGUUACAAACAGAUUUUGAGUUGUGAUCAUUAUUGGAGGUUAAACUACUACUUCUAUUACAAGCUUGGGUAAUAAAUUGAUAAAACAUGCAACACUGCACUGUAAAAUAAAUGGUGUUUUUCCCCAAAAACAUGAAAACAUGUUGCUUAAACCCUCUAUAAUCAUGGUCAUCACUGUGAUCUCCCUGCUUGUUCUGAAAGAAGUCGUUUUCCAACAACCUCUUCAAUUCGCUAUCGUAGUAACUAUCUCCAACCUUGACGUUAAUGGAUGGGGCGGGGGUGGCAUUGGACGGAGGUGAGCUCAGUUCCAGGGAGUCUGUCUGUAAGUAAAGUGACUACUAGGCUAUCAUCAAAACUCCCCACCUGAUUCUCAGAGACCCAUUGACACAGAGAGUAAUUAUGCUCCCAGCCUAACACACUCUUUAGACUGCUCUCUCUCUGUCUGGAGCCUGAUGCAACCACACACUUCCUUAUAACUGACUCCUUACUCACCUAAAGAGACCAGAUUUACUGCCUCCUCCUGCUGCAAAUGCUGAGUUGGAGUUGUGCCACUCCCUCCCACUCCUUCCACUCCCCUCCAACCCCAUUCAAGAAAAAAUGGAACCAAAACAAGGGCCAUUUAAUUAGGGGUGUUUUUCAGAACUUUGGUUCAGUGAAAGGUUUCUGCUGGGUAUGGAUAAGAGGCUUUAUAAGGGGGCCAGGCUGCCAGCCUGUCUGCUGAUGGGAGAUGGAUUAGAUAAGGAGCAAGGCUGAAGGCAGUGCUCAGGUCGGCUCCACUCCACAGUUAUGGAAUGCUCAUUUAAUUGAAAACAAGGCAAAUGACUCCAGGGUGACCUUACAGGUUUGCCGCUCCGCUAGCUGAACUGAGGCAUACCUACCUAACCCAGAGUGCCAGAGAGAUGAUCAAUCUCGGGAGUGGCAGGCCAUAGUGAACAUGUUAGGCUCCAAUAAAUUGUCCAGUAUCUGUCAGGACAGGAGGUGGGUGGUGGGUGGCGAAGGGAGGCCGGGCCUUUCCCUCCUAGCACAGAGAGGCCACACACAGAGUCUCCAGUUCAAAGAGUGGUGAGAAGUUAUGGCAGGGAUGAUCUGAGCAAAUAAACCUCCACCUCAUCUGCUUACGCCACAGAGAAUGGUUCAUCUGUUAGGACAAGCCUCAAGACCACUGUAUUGCUUGUAGACUUUUCAAAUAUGUGGAUUGUUGUUGAAUCGUUGACAUUCUUCAAUAUAACAAACCAGUGGGGUUUUGGUUCAAAACAAAAUGUCAGCUUACUUCCCCCUUUACCAUACAUGAUAAUACUGUAUGUUGUGUUUUUAUAUACCCUGUGUUAUUACAGACUAGCUACAGAAGUCAGAAAGUAUGUUACAUUUAGAUACAAUUGCAAGUAAGCAUGAGCUUGGUCCUAGAUCUGUUUGUGUUCUUGCCAACUCCAUUGCUGUCAUUGUCAAGCCAGUGACAAGGAGUUGGCAUGAUGGCGCAAACAGACUGGUGAAGUAAGAAUAUCACAACAUUGUAGUCAUUACGGUUGUAAUUCUCUCCCACAGUACAGAUGGGUACAAGACCAUUCACCACCUCUGUACAAACCCAGUCAGCCAGGCCCUUCCUCCGGAGCUGCAGCUGGCUUCCCGGGUCUGUCACACCUCCAGCCAACUCCCUGCACCACCACAGUUUCACCAACAGAGGGCAGCACUACGACACAUCGCUGCCCAGCCUGAAAGACACAGGUAAAACCAAAUCUCUCCCAGGCUCUGCUUCAUAAGUUGUUUUCUGACCAAAACCUAGACUUUAUAGCAACAUUUGGAAUUGAAGUGCUGUGAUACAGGGUAUGAUACCCUGUUUGUUGCAUAAAAUUAUUUAGUAAAUAUGAUUUGGUCAUCCUCUACUUUUUCUCUCACUACCUUCUGCACUCCACGUAGGAAAACGUUGCAUGUCAGGAGUAUCAUUACAACAACCUCAUAUCAUGUAAAACUAUUUAAUCUCUUUGCAGGAUAGUAAAUGAAGGCGUGCCCUGCAUGGAGGUGACUGAGUCUGAUGGAAAGGACUGUGUGACCCACCUGCCUCCCCAGACUUCAGACAGCCUGGCUGACUGGCAGAGGAUCGCUGAGUAUUACGUAGAGAAGCCCAGGAUGAUGCUUCAUGGACAGGCGGUGAGGAGGAUCAGCACUAUGUUAAUUCAACUUUUUCCCCCAAACAUUUUGUCUAGAAAGUGUUUUACCAUCCAACAAGAUGAUCCACUAGGUGGCACCAAACAUAUUUGUAACUCAUAAGAUACAGCAGGUUGCUUUAAAGGUACUGCUUAUAACAUGGUAAUAGCACUGUAGCUAUCUGGGAUUGUUUAGGAAUGUAAAAUGUUUAAGUUCCAAUGAAGCUAACACCGCAUUAUCUUUUUAAUUCCAUGUAUGAGUUUGUUUUAUUCAAGGGAACUUUUCAUUGGUCUAGAUGAGUCACCUGUCCUCCCAGUUAAUUUUGUAAAAUUUAGUUUUUUUUUUUUUAGUCAUUUAGCAGACGCUCUUAUCCAGAGUGACUUACAGGAGCAAUUAGGGUUAAGUGCCUUGCUCAAGGGCACAUCGACAGAUUUUUCACCUAGUCGGCUCGGGGAUUAGAACCAGCGACCUUUCGGUUACUGGCACAACGCUCUUAACCACUAAGCUACCUGCCGCCCCAGUUCUCUGUGUCUCUCAUACAGUAUUUCUCUCCUUCCUCCCAGACUUCUCUGUGUUCCAACGAGUUGAAGAUGUUCUGGCACCCAGCUCCUCCCAAGUUCAGCUGCUCUCCUGCCUUCGUCAAACACAAACUCUUUCCCAAGUACCAGGUAGUGUAGUACCAGACAGACAGUCAGACCACAUGGACAGUUAACGGAAGACUUAACUCUACUCCAUAUGUUCCUGGCUGUGUUUUAGUUGAGACGUGAUGGGGUAACAUUGGAGAUGCUCUUUGAUCAUUACAUUACAAGAUGUGUUACUACUCUGAAAGUUAGAUAACAUUAACAUUGAUCGUGCCUUUUUAACCAAAGAUGUCCUGGUGAAUUAGAAUAUCUUUGAAUAUCAAAUAUCUUUAAUAUGUCUGGAAAAUAUCAAAUUGCAAGUUAACCAGUUAACCAUACCUUGCCAAUGUGAUCUCACCCUAUAUACCCUACUGCUGUGUUUCUAUGGUGUUUGUUACUCAGGCAACACGGAACGAUCUCUCCAGAGAGGAGCUCUAUGGUGAUCUGCAGGACCUGGUGGAAUCAGCCUGUGACCUGACAGAGAUGGAGCCAACCACCUCAGUGGUCAGUGUGUGCUUUAGUUACACCCCCCCCAACUAAAUUAAACAAGCCUUUCCCCCUUCUAUCUCUAGCAUGCCCUUACGUACGUGUUGGAUCUUCCUACAGGAAAAUGUGCUGUCCAGAAAGUUCAAGUCUAUGAUAGACCUCAGAGUAAAUGAGCAGUCACCUCAACCCUCCAUUGAUGAAGAACAGGUGAGUGUAUAUGAUAUGUCAUGUCAUUCAAUAACAUGAUGAACCACUAUAUCAGUACAUCUCACUGCCUAAGCAGAGGUUCUGACCAUGGUCUCACUAUUCACCAUCUUGACACAGUUGAAGAGGCCCCUCUCUGCCCCAUACCUCAAUCCUGUGCCAGAAGCCUUCCUCAAGGUAUCAUGUGACUUCGCCACCAUCACCAGAGAGCUGGAGGUGGUUCGGCAGCAGCUGUCCUCCACCGUGCUGGCUGAGGAGACCCCUCCCCAGGCCACCCCCAUCGUCCAGCAGGAGGCCGACCACCAAGCCCCCGCAGCAGGCCCCACUACAGAGGAGCUCACCCCAGCCCUCAGCCAGAGCCAAUUCCAGUACAGGAAGGACCGAGGCAGGGUGAUGCUGGGGGAACCCCUCAUGAGAGGCAGCAUAUCCCACUCCAAGAAGAAGGUCACCAAGGGUGGGAAGAAGCUGUGCCCUGCCAAGCUGGCCUACAUCCAUGAAAAACUGCAGGAGCCUCCACGUACUCUCAUCAGGUAGGCAGGCUUACAGUACUGUGAUUCAUUUGAGAUAACAAAGCAGUUAUAUAAUUUGCAGACGAAUGUGCUUUCAUUUGGAUAUACAGUAGACCCAUGUUAUUGCUGUAUUUACAGAAUGUAUACAUUUCUUCUUUACAUCUAAUCCCCCUGUCUAUCUGUGUUGUCUGCCUCUUGUUUUCCCAGGAGUGAGUCUGUGUGCCAGCUAUUACCCAUCAAACCCACCACGUGCCCUUCAGAGGAGCCUCCCCUCCCACUCCCCUUGCCCCGCUACUCGAGCCUACCCCUGGUGCUGGACUUUGAGAGCUUCGCCGCGGACCAGGGGGGCAUCCCCGACGUGCUCCCUCCCCGGGAGUGGGUGAGGGAUAUCUGGGACGCCUGGUUCGACGAGCUCUUCCCCCCACUGGAGGAGAGCAGCAGCACCUCCAAGAAAGAGUCAGACUCCUCCAAGAUUGCCCCCAGCAGCAGCCUCCAGAGCGGGACCCUGAAGAAGCCUGGGGAGAAGGUCCUGACGCUGGAUGAGAUCCAGGCUCUAGACUGGGUGGACCUGUCUCUGACCCUGGACCAGGGCCUGACCACAGGGGACCUGGAGGGAGAGGUGGCCAAGCUGACCCAGGCUAUUGCCCAGCAGGACAGAGCCAGCGCCUUUGACCUGUGUCGCAGGGGGGCGCUGCAGAAGAAACUGGGCCGGCUCAACCAGGCUCUGGAGGAUCUCAAUGCCGUAAAUUUAGUUCACAUUUUCAGUAGGAUAGCAGAGGUUUGGUUCUGAAAUAGGACAGCCAUGGAGGAGUGUGUUAGGUUGGAAUACUGUAAUUGCAGUUGGAAGCUAGUCAAAGUAACUUGAAUUAGACAUGUAUUUAUAAGUAUAUAAGCUAGCUAAUAGGUUUGACCUGAUUUCCCUGCUAGCUUCAUUUUCCUCCUCUAGGCCUAGCUUCAGAUGAUAAAUGGUUAAUGUGUUGUUAUUUCCACACUAGGCCAUUUCCCUGGAGCCCUACCUGCUGGAUGCUUACUGGCACAGGCACAGCAUUUAUCUGCUCAGAAACAACCAGAAUAGCGCUUUGGAUGACCUGAACUUUAUCAUCAAGCACACCAAGAAACAUGCAGGUAAGCCCACCACAGCCCAAAGCCCUGUGUAUUUUAUUAGUUACUGUAGAUACAAGUGAUUCACAGUACAUACAGUGAGGGAAAAAAGUAUUUGAUCCCCUGCUGAUUUUGUACGUUUGCCCACUGACAAAGACAUGAUCAGUCUAUAAUUUUAAUGAUAGGUUUAUUUGAACAGUGAGAGACAGAAUAACAACAAAAAAAUCCAGAAAAACGCAUGUCAAAAAUGUUAUAAAUUGAUUUGCAUUUUAAUGAGGGAAAUAAGUAUUUGACCCCUCUGCAAAACAUUACUUAGUACUUGGUGGCAAAACCCUUGUUGGCAAUCACAGAGGUCAGACGUUUCUUGUAGUUGGCCACCAGGUUUGCACACAUCUCAGGAGGGAUUUUGUCCCACUCCUCUUUGCAGAUCUUCUCCAAGUCAUUAAGGUUUCGAGCCUGACGUUUGGCAACUCGAACCUUCAGCUCCCACCACAGAUUUUCUAUGGGAUUAAGGUCUGGAGACUGGCUAGGCCACUCCAGGACCUUAAUGUGCUUCUUCUUGAGCCAUUCCUUUGUUGCCUUGGCCGUGUAUUUUGGGUCAUUGUCAUGCUAGAAUAUCCAUCCACAACCCAUUUUCAAUGCCCUGGCUGAGGGAAGGAGGUUCUCACCCAAGAUUUGACGGUACGUGGCGCCGUCCAUCGACCCUUUGAUGCGGUGAAGUUGUCCUGUCCUCUUAGCAGAAAAACACCCCCAAAGCAUAAUGUUUCCACCUCCAUGUUUGACGGUGGGGAUGGUGUUCUUGGGGGGUCAUAGGCAGCAUUCCUCCUCCUCCAAACACGGCGAGUUGAGUUGAUGCCAAAGAGCUCGAUUUUGGUCUCAUCUGACCACAACACUUUCACCCAGUUCUCCUCUGAAUCAUUCAUAUGUUCAUUGGCAAACUUCAGACGGGCCUGUAUAUGUGCUUUCUUGAGCAGGGGGACCUUGCGGGCGCUGCAGGAUUUCAGUCCUUCACGGCGUAGUGUGUUACCAAUUGUUUUCUUGUUGACUAUGGUCCCAGCUGCCUUGAGAUCAUUGACAAGAUCCUCCCGUGUAGUUCUGGGCUGAUUCCUCACCGUUCUCAUGAUCAUUUCAACUCCACGAGGUGAGUUCUUGCAUGGAGCCCCAGGCCGAGGGAGAUUGACAGUUCUUUUGUGUUUCUUCCAUUUGCGAAUAAUCGCACCAACUGUUGCCACCUUCUCACCAAGCUGCUUGCCGAUGGUCUUGUAGCCCAUUCCAGCCUUGUGUAGGUCUACAAUCUUGUCCCUGACAUCCUUGGGGAGCUCUUUGGUCUUGGCCAUGGUGGAGAGUUUGGAAUCUGAUUGAUUGAUUGCUUCUGUGGACAGGUGUCUUUUAUACAGGUAACAAGCUGAGAUUAGGAGCACUCCCUUUAAGAGUGUGCUCCCAAUCUCAGCUCGUUACCUGUAUAAAAGACACCUGGGAGCCAGAAAUCUUUCUGAUUGAGAGGGGGUCAAAUACUUAUUUCCCUCAUUAAAAUGCAAAUCAAUUUAUAACAUUUUUGACAUGCGUUUUUCUGGAUUUUUUUGUUGUUAUUCUGUCUCUCACUGUUCAAAUAAACCUACCAUUAAAAUUAUAGACUGAUCAUGACUUUGUCAGUGGGCAAAUGUACAAAAUCAGCAGGGGAUCAAAUACUUUUUUCCAUCACUGUACAGCAUGAUAAUGCACUGACUGACUCUGCCAAGGUGACAGUGAUUGCACUUCUGCUGAAUCUCUCACUUUAAUGAAUUUAAAUUCCUCAUUUUAUGAGCGUUUUAGUUUUUUCGCUCUCUGUCAUGUUCCAUCUGUAUUUUCAAGUUAGUGAGGGCUCCACUGAUUUAAAUGUUAGUUCCUUUUUGCCAACAGGAACAUAUUUUUGUUGACUAUAAUUAUUGCACAUUCUGUGCCAUUACGCUGCUAGUUGAUUUAUUAAGGCAAUUCUGGUGAAGUACCCACGGUUAAAGAUGCAACUGGACUUACAGUGCAUUCGGAAAGUAUUCAGACUCCUUCCCUUUUUCCACAUUUUAUUACAUUACAGCCUUAUUCUAAAAUUGAUUAAAUAUAUUUUUUCCCUGAUCAAUCUACACACAAUACCCCAUAAUGACAAAGCAAAAACAGGCUUUUAGAAAUGUUGGCAAAUUUAUUCAAAAUAAAAAACGGAAAUAUUGCAUUUACAUAAGUAUUCAGACCCUUUACUCAGUACUUUGUUGAAGCACCUUUGGCAGCGAUUACAGCCUCGAGUCUUCUUGGCUAUGACGCUACAAGCUUGGCACACCUGUAUUUGGGGAGUUUCUCCCAUUCUUCUCAGCAGAUCCUCUCAAGCUCUGUCAGGUUGGAUGGAGAGCGUCGCUGCACAGCUAUUUUCAGGUCUCUCCAGAGAUGUUAGAUCGGGUUCAAGUCCGGGCUCUGGUUGGGCCACUCAAGGACAUUCAGAGACUUGUCCCGAAGCCACUCCUGCGUUGUCUUGGGUGUGUGCUUAGGGUUGUUGUCCUGUUGGAAGGGGAACCUUCACCCCAGUCUGAGGUCCUGAGCGCUCUGGAGCAGGUUUUCAUCAAGGAUCUCUCUGUACUUUGCUCCGUUCAUCUUUCCCUUGAUCCUGACUAGUCUCCCAGUCCCUGCCGCUGAAAAACAUCCCCACAGCAUGAUGCUGCCACCACCAUGCUUCACCGUAGGGAUGGUGCCAGGUUUCCUCCAGACGUGACGCUUGGCAUUCAGGCCAAAGAGUUCAAUCUUGGUUUCAUCAGAUCAGAGAAUCUUGUUUUCCAUGGUCUGAGAGUCCUUUAGGUACCUUUUGGCAAACUCCAAGUGGAGUUUGCCUUUUACUGAGGAGUGGCUUCCGUCUGGCUACUCUACCAUAAAGGCCUGAUUGGUGGAGUGCUGCAGGGAUGGUUGUCCUUCUGGAAGGUUCUCCCAUCUCCACAGAGGAACUCUGGAGCUCUGUCAGAGUGACCAUCGGGUUAUUGGUCACCUCCCUGACCAAGGCCCUUCUCCCCCGAUUGCUCAAUUUGGCCGGGUGCCCAGCUCUAGGAAGCAUCUUGGUGGUUCCAAACUUCUUCCAUUUAAGAAUGAUGGAGGCCACUGUGUUCUUGGGGACCUUCAAUGCUGUAGACAUUUUUUGGUACCCUUCCCCAGAUCUGUGCCUCGACACAAUCCUGUCUCGGAGCUCUAUGGACAAUUCCUUUGACCUCAUGGCUUGGUUUUUGCUCUGACAUGCACUGUCAACUGUGGGACCUUAUAUAGACAGGGGUGUGCCUUUCCAAAUCAUGUCCAAUCAAUUGAAUUUACCACAGGUGGACUCCAAUCAAGUUGUAGAAACAUCUCAAGGAUGAUCAAUGGAAACAGGAUGCACCUGAGCUCAAUAUCGAGUCUCAUAGCAAAGGGAAUACUUAUGUAAAUGAGAUAUUUCUGUUUUUUAUUUUUUAUAAAUUAGCAAACAUUUCUAAAAACCUUUUUUUGCUUUGUCAUUUUGGGGUAUUGUGUGUAGAAAAAUUAAUGUAAUCCAUUUUAGAAUAAGGCUGUAACGUAACAACAAGUGGAAAAAGUCAAGGGGUCUGAAUACUUUCCGAAUGCACUGUAUAUGUGAUUUGAUUAUCAUUCAGUAAGUGCUGCGUUAGACUAAAUGUACAGCUAUAGCUCUUCCUCCUCUCUAGGCUACUGUACAGUACAAUACAUUAACAACAUUUUAUACCUGUUUUCCAGACGCCUUUAAGUCCAAAGCAGAAAUCUACAGAGUGAGAGGAGAGACCACCCUAGCUAUUAUAAACUACACUCAGGCCAUCAAAUGCAGACCUGAAGACGAUGACAACUAUUUCAAGAGGGCUGAGAUGUAUGAGAAGAGGAAUGAGAUUCUACUGGCCAUGGAGGACUAUGCCAAAGUAAGCCACGUUGCCACUGACAUUACUGGGUCUCAAAACACUCUUAGGAUGUAGUCUGGGUUCAAUACAAUAAUCUAAGGUGGAAAACCAACAACAGUGUGAUAUUGUGUAUUGAUUGAGAGAUUCCACCUCACUCCAGUGCUGACCCCUCGGGGGAUUUUUUGCCAGCAUAAGCCACAGAACAAGGGCUUAACAGGAGACUGCUGUGACUGGUGUGUAUGUCUGUAAUCUUUAUCUUCCAGACGUUCACCAUCAACCCAGGGAGAACGGACGCUCUGAUGACCCACGGCCUGCAGUACUUCCACAGCUGUAACUGGAUGGUGGCUCUGUCUGACUUUACUCUGCUGCUCCAACAUGAUCCCAGCCAUGCCAUCGCCAGGUAAUCAAUGGUUGCGUCCCAAAUGGCACCCUAUUCCCUAUAUAGUGCACAACUAUUGACCAGGGCCCAUAGGUAGUUGUACACUAUAUAGGACAGGGAUGGGAAACUUUGAUGGGGGUGGGGGCCACCAAAAAACUGAGAACAUCAUGAGGGGCCGCAGUGGCUCAUGGGUCUGCGUACCCACAUCCAUACACCCCCCCCCCACCCCCACCCUCUCGUGACAGCGCCCACCCUCUCGUGACAGCGAAGAUACAUUGUUUUUGUUUUAAAGUUAAUUUCCUGCAAUUCUGCACAUUUUGUAGGUGGCUGCUAGAUUAAUUUACCAAUCUAAAAAUGUUUUGCUAAUUGACUGACCGCUGAUGCACAACCAAAUUUGCAGCUUGUGUAUUCUAUUAUUCAAAAUUGUAUUUAUUUUUUGGUGUGAAAUUGGUCCGCGGGCCUACAAAAGGGCGAGUUGCCCAUCCCUGAUAUAGGGAAUAGGGUGCCACUUGGGACGCAGACAAUGCCAGUGUUAGGAUUGAGGUUAGCUCACAGUCACACACAGGUUCCCUCUCUUUCCCUUCCCCUCCCUUCCCCUCUCUCUCUCUUAAAACACAUGCAAACGCACACGCACACACACACACACACACACACACACACUGAAAUGUCGAUUGACAGUCUGUUGUGUUACCCUCCAUAAUGUCAGUGGCGUUACCCUCCAUAAUGUCAGUGGUGUUACCCUCCACUCGUUUUAACCUGUUAUAACCCAUAAUGUCUUGUUAUAAUCUGGUUAAUACCACAGGACGUACAGGGGCAGGAUCUAUGCUAAGGUGGGUCAGUACCAGGAGGCCAUCGAGGACUUCUCCCUGGCAGUUCACCUGGACCCCAAUGACUGGCUGGCCUUCUACCACCGAGGCUGUCUGCUGAGGAAGAGGAUGCCUGAUAUUGCCCUCCAAGACCUCAGCACCUCAGGUAUUAGACAAUAGAUAAAUAGAUACGUUAUUGUCCGGAUGUCCUCAGAGAGGAUCAUCAUUUCAACAGUCCAUUAGUUACAAACAACAACAUCAACAAAACCUCACCUAACCCCCAUUUCAUGCUAUUAAUAUCUUCAAUCCAAUGUGUUGUGACUUGAAGAGUGGUAGCUAUCAGUUUACAGUAACCCCCAAUCUGAGCUUUUUGGGUCAUUCAUAUCUUUCCUUUGUGUGCUGAAUUGAGGAGGUGUUGUGUUAUACAGUCCUGUGAGUACCACAGAGAUACAACUUAUUGUUCUAUUUAUUUCUGUGCCACCAGUACUCAUUAAUGAUAGCCAAGAGAACCUGAGUGCCUUCCUGCACAGGGGCCUGCUCUACACGGAGCGACGGCAGUGGCAACAAGCCGUGUUCGACUUUGAAGCUGUGAUCAAACUUGACAGGUAAUACCACUGGGCCUCUGGCUUUGACAGAGUGGAUCCUUUCUUCUGAAAAGAGCAACAGGGCUUUGAGUGAGAAAGAGGAGCAGGAGAUACAGAGGGAGAGAGAAAUGGAGAGAAGGAGAGAGGGGGAGAGAGAUAGAGAGGGAGGAUGUUUCGAAGCUAAAUAUUAAAUAAGACUGUCAAGAUGUAUGAACAUUUGGAAUGAUAAGAACUAGAUUCUUUCUUUAAGUCUAAUAAUUGUUGUGAAAUUAAGAGCUAAGUUAUAUUUCCUUUAAUGUUUUUCCCUACUUUCUGAUGAUUUCUUGUUCCGUUAGGUCUGUAGCACUGGCCCAUGUGAACCUGGGCUUGAUAUUCAUGUUGAAUAUGGGCCAGAACUAUGAAGCCAUCAGAAUGUUCAGCAACGCUUUGAGGGUGGACCCCACCUACAUCAGAGGAUACAUCUGCCGGGCCCAAGCCUAUCGCAAUGUAAGCAUUUAAAAUGUCAUGAUGCAUUCACCAGGAUUUUCAGGUUUUUACUUUAUGAUGUAUAAAUCAUGAACUUUAUUCUUCACCAAAAAGGUAAAUGAUCUGAAGAGAGCGCUGAAAGAUCUGACACGAGCCACACAUAUGAAACCAGAUGCUCAACAAUUGUAUAUCAUGAGGUAAAGGUGCUUACCAGAACUUUUCUGUCACAAACAAGCUAUUGUCUUUGAUUUAGAGUGGUCCUUUCCCUGUAUAAAUGUUCUAUAUCAGGGGAAAGAUACCAGGCUUGAGUUUUAAGUCUGUAAAAGGGACCUAAACUAUUCUUUAGUUAAGAAUACAAAAGUAGUACAGGGUUCUCCCUAAAGAAUGUAAGAGGGGCGCUGUGCCACCUUGUGGACUGGCUGCGCCACUAGGUAUCUAUAAAAAAAAAAAAAACGUUAUUUGUUGUCAUUAAAGGCUCUAGAUUGCCGAAAAGCUAACAUAAUGGUGUCGGGCAGCUUAUCAAUACAACUGGUCUACUUUUCUCAGCAUGAUAUUUUUAUACCAAUAACCAUGGCCUAACAUGCCCUGUCAUCAGGGGAGAGUGAGUGUCUGGGGGAGUUGGUGAAGUGUGUAUCACAGGCGUCCAGUGACACCUUAUUUGGGGAGCGCAGGCUCAUAGUAAUGGCUGGAACAGAGUUCAUGGAAUGGUAUCGAACACAUCAAAUACAUGGUUUCCAUGGUUUCCAUGUGUUUGAUACCAUUCCAUUUACUCCAUUCCAGACAUUAUUUUGAGCCGUCCUCUCCUCAGUGGCCUUCUGUGGUGUGUGUGUGGUGACUGUGCUGUAGGAGGCAGUAGCGAGCUUCAGGAAAGCCUUGAUUCUUUAGUUAAGAAUACAAAAGUAGUACACGGUUCUCCCCAAAGAAUGCAAGAGGGGCGCUGUGCCACCUUGUGGACUGGCUGCGCCACUAUGUAUCUAUAUAUAUUUUUUAAAUCCUUUAUUUGUUGUCAUUAAAGGCUCUAGAUUGCCGAAAAUGGCAGUUACAGUUGUUCUUGAUGCCCCUCCGGACCUCCCCCCGCCUUACUCAUCAGCACCACCAUGUUAAGAAAUCCUGGGGAGAACCCUGUAGUAUACACUGAGUAUACCAAACACUAAGAACACCUUCCUAAUAUUGAGUUGCACCCCCCCCUUUUGCCCUCAGAACAGCCUCAAUUUGUCGGGGCAUGGAUUCUACAAGGUGUCGAAAGCGUGUUGACUCCAAUGCUUCCCACAGUUGUGUCCAGUUGGCUGGAUGUCCUUUGGGUGGUGGACCAUUCUUUGAUACACAUGGGAAACUGUUGAGCGUGAAAAACCCAGCAGCGUUGCAGUUCUUGACACAAACCGGUGCGCCCUGGCACCUACUACCAUACCCCGUUCAAAGGCACCAAUAUUUUGUCUUGCCCAUUCACACUCUGAAUGGCGCACAUACACAGUCCAUGUCUCAAUUGUCUCAAGGCUUAAAAUCCUUAUUUAACCUGUCUCCUUCCCUUCAUCUACACUGACUGAAGUGGAUUUAACAAGUGACAUCAAUAAGGGAUCAUAGCUUUCACCUGGAUUCACCUAGUCAGUCUAUGUCAUGGAACGUUUUGUAUACUCAGUGUAUAUUGCCAUAUCCACAAUGCUCUCUCUGUGUUUCAGGGGCCAGUAUUUGUGUGACAUGGAACAGUUUGACCUGGCCACGUUCUGUAUCCAGUACGCUGCAGAGAUGAACAAAGGUACAGCGAUUCUAAUCAGGAUCCAGGAAGCAUCAUAUGAGUUCCUUGACCCUGACUGACAGGCCCUUGUUAUCUCACAGACUGACACUAUAUGGCAGGAACUUACUGAUACGGAGUAAGAUUCAUGGCUUGACAAUGAGCAAUGCUGUUGGCAAGAGCACAAACAGAUCUGCGACCAGGCUAAUACUGAACUGACCCUUCCCCACCACCAGCACUAGGGUCAUCUCCCAUCCAGCAGGCUGCUGUCCAGUCUUUCCUGGGGAAUGAUGCCAAAGCCAUUGCCUGUCUGGAGGCAGCCACCAACAACCGACCCUCACCUCCCAUCCUCAUUCUCCUGGGCAAGACACAGAUGAAGGCACGCAAGUUCAUGGUGGGUUGUUACGUUCUGCCCUGUCAUGUAUAGGCUAAAGCUGAAUUAUCAAUGUUGCCCCGUUUCCUCCAUUUAUUUUGGUGUUUAAAUGAGACCAAUGUGAUUUUGCUUGCCUGUCUUCCUCAUUCCAAUCCUUAGGCCUGUAGCAUGAUGUACAGCAGUACCCAUAAUGCUCUGUGUAACAUCCGGUUGUGUCUUAGAAAAUAUGUUCUGAAGCUAACAUAAAGGUGUUGGGCAGCUUAUCAAUACAACUGGUCUACUUUUCUCAGCAUGAUAUUUUUAUACCAAUAACCAUGGCCUAACAUGCCCUGUCAUCAGGAGAGAGUGAGUGUCUGGGGGAGUUGGUGACAUGUGUAUCACAGGCGUCCAGUGACACCUUAUUUGGGGAGCGCAGGCUCAUAGUAAUGGCUGGAACAGAAUUCAUGGAAUGGUAUCGAACACAUCAAAUACAUGGUUUCCAUGGUUUCCAUGUGUUUGAUAACAUUCCAUUUACUCCAUUCCGGACAUUAAUUUGAGCUGUCCUCCCCUCAGCAGCCUUCUGUGGUGUGUUUGUUUGUGUGUGUGUGUGUGUGUGUGUGUGUGUGUGUGUGUGUGUGUGUGUGUGUGUGUGUGUGUGUGUGGUGACUGUGCUGUAGGAGGCAGUAGAGAGCUUCAGGAAAGCCCUGAUUCUGCUGAGCUCAAAUGAGACCAACCUGUACAACAUCCCUGAAGCUGCAGAGGUCUUCUAUCUGACUGGACUCUGCUACAUGGCACUGGCUCUCCUGUUGCAGGUGCAGUAACGAGGCAUCUGUUCAGAUAUCCAUGUUAUUUGGCUGCAUGGCCCUCCAACACUAGCCUGGUCCCAGUGUUUGGCAUGACAAUGAGUGUCAAGGAGUUGGCAUGACAGCACAAACAGACUGGCACUCAGGCUACUCCAACACAACAUUUUUGAAUCCACUAAGUCUUCUAACCGUCAAACCUCAAGCUCUUUCUCUUUUGCAAGUCUUUUUUUUCUCUCUUUUUUCAUGCAGUGAAACACCUGUUGUUCAGUUCAUGUUACAUAACACAUUAACUAGGUACAUGCCGCUAUUUUGAUAUAGUCUAUGGUACAGUACAUACUGACAUGGCAAGGCCUCUUUCACUGAACUCACAUCCCAUGUGAAGUUUCUGUAAUGUUUUCUGACAGGCUUUUGAUGCGUUCAGCAACGCAGUGAAGAUCAACCCUGACUUUGCAGAUGCAUACCACCAGCGUGGGCUCUGUCGUAUGCGCCUGCAGCAGUCCAAGAGUGUUCAGGACUUCAACAGAGCCCUCUUCAUCAACCCCGACCUGUUCCAGGUAGAGGCUCCGUAACCACUGGUUCUCUUGAUAGAAGAACUAUCUGAAACCACAUUAUACAGAAGCAGUGCAAUGGAACACAUUGUGUGGAAUUGUUGUGAUUGGAGUACAUUGUGUCUGAAUUUCAAGGUGUAUCUGAGCCGCGCAGCCUUCUAUGGCGCCAAAGGGCGCUAUUCAAAGGCCAUCCUGAACUGCAAUGAAGCCAUUAAGAUCCAGCCCAAGAGUGUCAGAGUCUACCUGUACAGAGGAGCACUCAAAUUCUACCUGAAGGUGAGAUGAAUGGGAUGCCUUCCUUUGUUGUCUAUUGUUGCAUCUUAGAUGCUGGGUUCUUUACUGAUGACUCCAAGACGUCGCUAAUUUGUAAAACAACGGAAUACGUUUAUUUCACACUCACACAGGUAACACAGCUAGCCAUCACUCUUUGCUUCUUCAGCCUUGCAUCUCAUUAGCCAAUCACGCUCUUUGGAGGGCAGUAACCCAAUUACUAUUUGUUAAUUCAAACCAUAACCCUCUUUGGAAUUAAUAUGAUUGGUUAUUCUGAAUAAUAACGUUUCCAAUACACCACAUCUAUGAAUGUAAUGUUGUCUAUGAAUGCAAUGCAGAGUAGUAUGAUUCACCUCACCACUUGAAAGUGGCUGAGAGAUUAUAUCUCUUCUAUGGUUUUUUACUCACCAUUUACUGUUGUGAAAGAGUGGUCAUAGAGUCCAAUGAGUGCAGAUAGGGUUCUGUAAUGAAAGCUCUUAUUCUUCAUGGCUAGAUUAAGAAUAAUGAGUUAUCAAUAUUGCCAUUGCCAGUCAUUUGAUUAUUUUCAUUUUGUGAGGUAUAAAUACAUGUCCUUAACUGUUUUAUCAGUAUUUUAAAAUUAAUUUCUAGGGCAGUUAUUACCUUUGAGAGGGGCAUUGUCUUCUUUCAUCCAAUUAUUGAGACAGGAUAUGAAGAGUUGUGUGGGAGAGAGAAGGUUGAUACUAAUAAUAUAUAAUAAUAAUAUAAUUAUGGCAUUUAGCAGAUGCUUUUAUCCAAAGCGACUUACAGUCAUGCGUGCAUACAUUUUACGCAUGGGUGGUCCUGGGAAUCGAGCCCACUAUCCUGGCAUUGCAAGCACCAUGCCCUACCAACUGAGAUAAUGUGUCGUAUUGGCCUCAGUGAGAAAACUCAACCAACUGUAUUGUCCCAAGGUUCUGUGAUAAUCAACAUAUAAUUUUUUCAUUAUGUGUUUGGGCUUUCUGUCUUUCCACCACACUUUUUUUUUUAAAACUCUUGUCAGCUCAGUCGAGAGUUACUUCUCUCUAUGCCUCUGGCGCUCAGCCAUAGAGAGUGAGCAGAGCUGCAUGACUGUGCACACUGUUUAGUAGGGUUCUUUGUGUUUAAAUUUAGCCUGGUUUUGUUUCAGGUGUACAAAGGAGCCGUAGAGGACCUGACCAUGGCCCUGAGGAUAGACAAAACCUGCUCAUUUGCACACUACAACCGUGGAGUGUGUUAUCAGCAGCUGAAGGAAUAUGAAUUGGUCGGUUUGAGUUUCUCUUUUUCUUUUCACGUUUGUUGUUUCUAAAGAGCCCUUACGGAAAAACCACAUGAUUUCACAUGUGGAAAAUCACAUGAUUUCACAUGUGACAUUUCCACAUGUUUUGUACAUGUGAAAUGAUGUGAAACCAUGUGUUUUUGGAACAAUUCACAUGUGAUGAUGUGGAUUUUCACAUGUGAAAUCAUGUGAAACCGUGUUUUUGGAACACUUCACAUGUGACAUAGUGUUUUGCUUUAUAUUUACUGUCAAUCGCGAUGCACUUUGGUAGGCUACUUUUUGGCCUGCAAAUUAACUCGGCAUGCCUCAGUUGCAAUUGCAUUUAAACUUAUAGGAUACUUUAGAUGCGCUUAUUAUAAUGAACAAAAAUAUAAACGCAACAUGCAACAAUUUCAAAAAUUUUACUGAGUUACAGUUCAUAUAAGGAAAUCAGUCAAUUUAAAUAAAUAAAUUAGGCCCUAAUAUAUGGAUUUCACAUGACUGGAAUACAGAUACAGUGCUAUGAAAAAGUAUUUGCCCCCUUUCAAAUUUUCUCUACUUUUGCAUAUUUGUGAUACUGAAUGUUAUCAGAUCUUCAACCAAAACCUAAUAUUAGAUAAAGGGAACAUAAGUGAACAAAUAACACAACAAUUACAUAUUUAUUACAUUUAUUUCAUAAACAAAGUUAUGCAACACCCAAUUCCGCUGUGUGAAAAAGUAAUUGCCCCCUUACACUCAAUAACUGGUUGUGCCACCUUUAGCUGCAUUGACUCCAACCAAAUGCUUCCUGUAGUUGUUGAUCAGUCUCUCACGUCGCUGUGGAGGAAUUUUGGCCCACUCUUCCAUGCAGAACUGCUUUAACUCAGUGACGUGUGGGUUUUCAAGCAUGACCUGCUCGUUUCAAGUCCUGCCGCAUCAUCUCAAUUUGGAUUAGGUCUGGACUUUGACUAGGCCAUUCCAAAACUUCCAAUUUGUUGCUUUUUAGCAAUUUUCAUGUAGACUUGAUUGUGUGUUUUGGAUCAUUGUCUUGCUGCAUGACCCAGCUGCGCUUCAGCUUCAGCUCACAGACAGAUGAUCUGACAUUCUCCUGUAGAAUUCUCUGAUACAGAGCAGAAUUCAUGGUUCCUUCUAUUAAGGAAAGUCGUCCAGGUCCUGAGGCAGCAAAGCAUCCCCAAACCAUCACACCACCACCACCAUGCUUGACCUUUGGUAUGAUGUUCUUACUGUGGAAUGCAGAGUUUGGUUUUCGCCAGGCAUUACUGGAACCAUGUCGUCCAAAAAGUUAUACUUUUGAAUCAUCUGUCCAUAGAACGUUCUUCCAAGAGUCUUGAUGAUCAUCCAGGUGCUUUUUGGCAAACUUGAGUCCAUUUUUUGGACGAGAUGGGUCCCAUUAUGCCUGGCGAAAACCCAACACUGCAUUCCACAGUAAGAACAUCAUACCAAAGGUUAAGCAUGGUGGUGGUGGUGUGUAAGGGGGCAAUUACUUUUUCACACAGGGGAAUUGGGUGUUGCAUAACUUUGUUUAUGAAAUAAAUAUGUAAUUGUUGUGUUAUUUGUUCACUUAUGUUCCCUUUAUCUAAUAUUAGGUUUUGGUUGAAGAUCUGAUAACAUUCAGUAUCACAAAUAUGCAAAAGUAGAGAAAAUUAGAAAGGGGGCAAAUACUUUUUCAUAGCACUGUAUGCAUCUGUUGGUCACGGAUAACUUUUAAAAAAGGUAGGGUCGUGGAUCAGAAAACCAGUCAGUAUCUGGUGUGACCACCGUUUGCCUCAUGCAGCGUGACACAUCUCCUUUGCAUAGAGUUGAUCAGGCUUUUUAUUGUGGCCUUUGGAAUGUUGUCCCACUCCUCUUCAAUGGCUGUGUGAAGUUGCUGGAUAUUGGCGGGAACUGGAACACGCUGUCGUACACGUCGAUCCAGAGCAUCACAAACAUGCUCAAUGGGUGACAUGUCUGGUGAGUAUGCAGGCCAUGGAAGAACUGGGACAUUUUCAGCUUCCAGGAAUUAUAUACAGAUCCUUGCGACAUGGGGCCGUGCAUUAUCAUGCUGAAACAUGAGGUGAUGGCGGCUAAUGAAUGGCACAACAGCGGGCCUCAGGAUCUCGUCACGGUAUCUCUGUGCAUUCAAAUUGCCAUUGAUAAAAUGCAAUUGUGUUUGUUGUCCGUAGCUUAUGUGUUCCAUACCAUUACCCCACCGCCACCAUGGGGCACUCUGUUCACAACGUUGACAUCAGCAAAUCGCUCGCCUACAUGACGCCAUACACGUGGUCUGCGGUUGUGAGGCCGGUUGGACAUACUGCCAAAUUCUCUAAAACAACGUUGGAGUCGGCUUAUGGUAGAGAAAUGAACAUUCAGUUCUCUGGCAACAGCUCUGGUGGACAUUCCUGCAAUCAGCAUACCAAUUGCACGCUCCCUCAAAACUUGAGACAUCUGUGGCAUUGUGUUGUGUGACAAAACUGCACAUUUUAGAGUGGGAUUUUAUUGUCCCUAGCACAAGGUGCACCUGUGUAAUGAUCAUGCUGUUUAAUCAGCUUCUUGAUAUUCCACACCUGUCAGGUGGAUGGAUUGUCUUGGUAAAGGAGAAAUGUUCACUAACAGGGAUGUAAACAAAUUUGAGAGAAAUAAGCUUUUUGUGCGUAUAUAACAUUUCUGGGAUCUUUUUAUUUCAGCUCAUGAAACAUGGGACCAACACUUUACAUGUUGCAUUUAUAUUUUUGUUCAGUGUAUUUUAUAGUAUGUUACCGGCUACUGAGUUGCGGUGAAAAAAAAUGAAAAAACCUUUAAUGUAUUUCUACAGCUGAACUGUAUUUUGUUAGUCAAUAUACAACAACGAACUGUAUUCAGGAAGUACACAGGAAUUUCAAUUCUAAUUCCAAUUAUUUUCAAUAGUGGAAAAUUUGGUUUACUUUCUGAAUUGACUGGAACUUAAAUGGAAUUGACCUCAACAUUGUUUAGCACACUUGGGACGCAACCACACCUGGGAUUUUAAGUCACAAUCUCUUGGAUGCCAGCAAUCUGAAUUUCCUGCUUUGCCACCAAGUCUGUGGCCAUGACAGAGAUCAACCACAGAUUUAUUGGCAAGAAUACAUUUCUGCACUUUGAAAUAUAGGUGGGGGCAAUGUACUGGUGGGGAACAUUAUCAUAUUUGGGGGCAUGGCCAAAUAUAUGUGCAUUUGUGCCAACCGUCAGCGGAAGUGUUGUAGCAGUUUAAGUGUUUGAUGGUUAUGCCGAUGCAAGUUAAGCAACUCCUUUCACACUGUCUGUUCUGCAAACUUUGUAAGAGAAUGUAUUAGUAAUGAGCUGCACUGUAAAAAGGUUAUUGUGUAAUUUCCAUUAAGUUCAUGGCAACUUGUUGCCAGAAGUUGCUGUGAAUUUGUAAUUUCUUACCUGGAAUCUUCUAGUUAGUAAGUUAUUGUAAAAUUCACAGUAACUUAUUAGCAAACCUACUGUGCCUUCGCUGACUCUUCUGUUGACAACAUGCGCAUCACUUGCUGAUUGGCAGCAUACUGUAGCAUUGGCAGCCUACCAGAAGAUUGCAGGAGUAGCUUAUUGGAGGCGUGGCUUUCAGCGAACUCUUUUUGGUCUCCCAUGAGAUCCCAGUUAAUGUGCUCUGUUGAAUUCUGUUAAUAAACACAAAGCUGUUAGUUCUGCAGCCUUGUUAAAUGCUGACAUAAGUGCAUGUACUACAAAAGAGCCAUAUGAUGUUUCAUUUAUAGCUAGUCAACAUGUCAUUGUAAUAUUCACUUACCUACCAAACAUCAGGUCAGUGAAUGUGAUGUAUUAGCUACAGGAAGUUACUGUGAAUUUUACAAUAACCCACUUGCAACUAGUUGACAGUAAGUUAUUGAAAACAUUAACUUCCUGUGAACAAGCUGCAAUUAAGCUACUGGAAAAUGCACAGUAACCUCUUCACAGUGCAGCUCUUGAAUAUCACAUGCUUUUACAACUGACCGAGCUAAAGAGCUGUUCAACCUUGAUCAACACAAUGAUAGAACCACUUAAACUGGUACAACAUUCCAACUGACAGUUGGCACAAAAACAACAUAUUUUAUAUCAUAACCCAAAAUAUGCUAAUGAGCCCCCACCAGCACAUUGCGUCCACCUGCUGUGCAUUCGGAAAGUAUUCAGACCUCUUCCCUUUUUCCACAUUUUGUUACGUUACAGCCUUAUUCUAAAAUUGAUUAAAUUAUUUUCCCCCUCAUCAAUCUACACACAAUACCCCAUAAUGACAAAGCGAAAAAAGGUUUUUAGAAAUGUUUGCAAAUGUAUAACAAAUAAAAAACAGAAAUACCUUAUUUACAUAAGUAUUCAGCCCCUUUGCUAUGAGACUCGAAAUUGAGCUCAGGUGCAUCCUGUUUCCAUUGAUCAUCCUUGAGAUGUUUCUACAACUUGACUGGAGUCCACCUGUGGUAAAUUCAAUUGAUUGGACAUGAUUUGGAAAGGCACAUACCUGUCUAAAUAAUGUCCCACAGUUGACAGUGCAUGUCAGAGCAAAAACCAAGCCAUGAGGUCGAAGGAAUUGUCCGUAGAGCUCCGAGACAGGAUUGUGUCGAGGCACAGAUCAGGGGAAGGGUACCAAAACAUUUCUGCAGCAUUGAAGGUCCCCAAGAACACAGUGGCCUCCAUCAUUCUUCAAUUGAAGAAGUUUGGAACCACCAAGACUCUUCCUAGAGCUGGCCGCCCGGGCCAAACUGAGCAAUCGUGGGAGAAGGGCCUUGGUCAGGGAGGUGACCAAGAACCCGAUGGUCACUCUGACAGAGCUCCAGAGUUCCUCUGUGGAGAUGGGAGAACCUUCCAGAAGGACAACCAUCUCUGCAGCACUCCACCAAUCAGGCCUUUAUGGUAGAGUUGCCAGACGGAAGCCACUCCUCAGUAAAAGGCACGUGACAGCACGCUUGGAGUUUGCCAAAAGGCACCUAAAGGACUCUCAGACCAUGAGAAACAAGGAUUCUCUGGUCUGAUUAAACCAAGAUUGAACUCUUUGGCCUGAAUGCCAAUCGUCAUGUCUGGAGAAAACCUGGCACCAUUCCUAAGGUGAAGCAUCGUGGUGGCAGCAUCAUGCUGUGGGGAUGUUUUUCAGCGGCAGGGACUGGGAGACUAGUCAGGAUCAAGGGAAAGAUGAACGGACCAAAGUACAGAGAGAUCCUUGAUGAAAACCUGCUCCAGAGCGCUCAGGACCUCAGACUGGGGCGAAGGUUCACCUUCCAACAGGACAACGACCCUAAGCACACAGCCAAGACAACACAGGAGUGGCUUCGGGACAAGUCUCUGAAUGUCCUUGAGGGGCCCAGCCAGAGCCCAGACUUGAACCCGAUCGAACAUGUCUGGAGAGACCUGAAAAUAGCUGUGCAGCGACGCUCCCCAUCCAAUCUGACAGAGAAGAAUGGGUGAAACUCCUCAAAUACAGGUGUGCCAAGCUUGUAGCGUCAUACCCAAGAAGACUCGAGACUGUAAUCGCUGCCAAAGGUGCUUCAACAAAGUACUGGGGAAAGGGUCUGAAUACUUAUGUAAAUGUGAUAUUUCAGUUUUUUAUUUUUAAUAAAUGUGCACAAAUUUCAAAAAACCUGUUUUUGCUUUGUCAUUAUGGGUUAUUGUGUGUAGAUUGAUGAGGGGGGGAAAAAACAAUGUAAUCAAUUUUAGAAUAAGGCUGCAACGUAACAAAAUGUGGAAAAGUGAAGGGGUCUGAAUACUUUCCGAAUGCACUGUACAUUUCAAAGUGCAGUAUAGCCGCGUUCACAUGCUAGUCGGAACAAGGAAACUCUGACAUUUCCGACAUGCUAAUUCGCAAUCUAUUAAUAAAGCAAUCUAUUAAUAUGGUUUUUGAUCACUAUAAUUUGUUUACAAGUAUGAUAGCUGUACUUUUAGUUUAUGGUUUACGCAACUUGUUGUUCAUUAGCCAAUCAGCGUUAGUCAAUGACGUCAAACCACGUGAAUGCAUCCAAUUGGUAUUUACGACUUCACAACUGAUAAUUUCCCACCUCCCACAUGUUUACGAACGCAGCAUUAAAUUGAAUAUAUUGGGUAGAAAAAUGUACCAUUUUACUAGAUUAUCCGCACAUGUACCCUAAAAGGUACCGACCAGUACCAUAAGUUCCUAUGUGUACAUCUGAAGGUACCUUAUGUUUACUUUUGACCUUUCUUUACAACAGGGAACAACACUUUACCUUAAUGCAGUUACACCUCCGACACCAAAACACCAGCUAACCUACAAAAUAUUAGCAACAGAAAUGUCCCAUUAUACCUACAAGGUACCGAACUGUACCAUGUGAGUUCAUAUGUGUACCUGUGAAGUGUACCUUUGACCUUUUUGUACCCCAGGGAACAACACUGUAGUGUACAUUAACCAUACCAUUAUAUUUUUAGUGUGUUAAUACUGAGUAUACAAAACAUUAAGAACACCUGCUCUUUCCAUGACAUAGACUAACCAGGUGAAUCCAGGUAAAAGAGAUGAUCCCUUAUUGAUGUCAUUUGCUAAAUCCACUUCAAUCAGUGUAGAUGAAGGGGAGGAGACAGGUUAAAGAAGGAUUUUUAAGCCCUGAGACAAUUGAGACAUGGAUUGUGUAUGUGUGCCAUUCAGAGGUUGAAUGGGCAAGACAAAAUAUUUAAGUGCCUUUGAACGGGGUAUGGUAGUAGGUGCCAGGCGCACCGGUUUGAGUGUGUCAAGAACUGCAACGCUGCUGGGUUUUUCAUGCUCAACAGUUUCCCGUGUGUAUCAAGAAUGGUCCACCACCCAAAGGACAUCCAGCCAACUUGACAUAACUGUGUGAAGCAUUGGAGUCAACAUGGGCCAGCAUCCCCGUGGAACGCUUUCGACACCUUGUAGAGUCCAUGCCCCGACAAAUUGAGGCUGUUCUGAUGGCAAAACGGCAUGGUGCAACUCAAUAUUAUGAAGGUGUUCCUAAUGUUUGGUUAACUCAGUGUAUGUUCAAAGCUAUGAGUAUGAAGCUGGCGGUACUGCAGAAACAUCGCUGCACUCCAACCAAGAGGUUGCAAGUUCAAAUCCCCAAAGAAUUCAUGUAUACUCUACAAUGUCAAGUGUCCUUGAGCACUGCUAGUUUUACAUUGGUGGUGAUAAUUGGACAAUUAUUUACUUGAUUCUGGGUAGCUUUUAGGAAAGGGCAGAAAUGCAUUCUUGACAAUAAGUCUGUGGACCGUAUCUGGUGGUGUAGCAAGAACUUCAGGUAACUAGCGGCUAAGAGGUUGUGAGUUCAAAUCCCAAGUGAGGUUGAGUCAUACAGCAUCUUACUGUCUUUUCUCAUUAACACCUUCAUUUAGCAGUAAAAAUACAGUAUCGUAUUCAUGGUAUCAAAUGUAGAAAUUUUGCCUCCCCAUGUUGUCACAUUUAUUUCACAUGAGAUCGUGUUUUCACAUGUGCUCGCUCACACGUUGUUACGUGUAAUUUCAUAUUAUCACGUUGAGAUUUUGCCUCCCCAUGUUGUCUCAUUUAUUUCACAUGAGAUUGUGUUUUCACAUGCUCACAUGUUAUCACAUUUAUUUCACGUAUAUUUCACAUGAGAUCAUGUUCUCAUAUGUGUAGUUUUAUGUUUUCACAUGUUGUCACGUUAUCAAAUUAACUUCACAUUAAGUCACAUUAAUGUUUUUUUCUGUAAGGGAGGUGUUUGUGUUAGGAAAGAAAGAAGUGCUCCAACCAUCUAUAAUUAAUAUGUUUUGAUUCGUAAUCUGUGUGUCAGCCAACAUCUUGUUUAUGCUCCUGUCUAUGCUCCUAUAUGUUACAUACAGUGGGGGAAAAAAGUAUUUAGUCAGCCACCAAUUGUGCAAGUUCUCCCGCUUAAAAAGAUGAGAGAGGCCUGUAAUUUUCAUCAUAGGUACACGUCAACUAUGAGAAAAGAAAAUCCAGAAAAUCACAUUGUAGGAUUUUUUAUGAAUUUAUUUGCAAAUUAUGGUGGAAAAUAAGUAUUUGGUCAAUAACAAAAGUUUCUCAAUACUUUGUUGUAUACCCUUUGUUGGAAAUGACACAGGUCAAACGUUUUCUGUAAGUCUUCACAAGGUUUUCACACACUGUUGCUGGUAUUUUGGCCCAUUCCUCCAUGCAGAUCUCCUCUAGAGCAGUGAUGUUUUGGGGCUGUCGAUGGGCAACACGGACUUUAAACUCCCUCCAAAGAUUUUCUAUGGGGUUGAGAUCUGGAGACUGGCUAGGCCACUCCAGGACCUUGAAAUGCUUCUUACGAAGCCACUCCUUCGUUGCCCGGGCGGUGUGUUUGGGAUCAUUGUCAUGCUGAAAGACCCAGCCACGUUUCAUCUUCAAUGCCCUUGCUGAUGGAAGGAGGUUUUCACUCAAAAUCUCACAAUACAUGGCCCCAUUCAUUCUUUCCUUUACACGGAUCAGUCGUCCUGGUCCCUUUGCAGAAAAACAGCCCCAAAGCAUGAUGUUUCUACCCCCAUGCUUCACAGUAGGUAUGGUGUUCUUUGGAUGCAACUCAGCAUUCUUUGUCCUCCAAACAAGACGAGUUGAGUUUUUACCAAAAAGUUAUAUUUUGGUUUCAUCUGACCAUAUGACAUUCUCCCAAUCCUCUUCUGGAUCAUCCAAAUGCACUCUAGCAAACUUCAGACGGGCCUGGACAUGUACUGGCUUAAGCAGGGGGACAUGUCUGGCACUGCAGGAUUUGAGUCCCUGGCAGCGUAGUGUGUUACUGAUGGUAGGCUUUGUUACUUUGGUCCCAGCUCUCUGCAGGUCAUUCACUAGGUCCCCCCCGUGUGGUUCUGGGAUUUUUGCUCACCGUUCUUGUGAUCAUUUUGACCCCACGGGGGUGAGAUAUUGCGUGGAGCCCCAGAUCGAGGGAGAUUAUCAGUGGUCUUGUAUGUCUUCCAUUUCCUAAUAAUUGCUCCCACAGUUGAUUUCUUCAAACCAAGCUGCUUACCUAUUGCAGAUUCAGUCUUCCCAGCCUGGUGCAGGUCUACAAUUUUGUUUCUGGUGUCCUUUGACAGCUCUUUGGUCUUGGCCAUAGUGGAGUUUGGAGUGUGACUGUUUGAGGUUGUGGACAGGUGUCUUUUAUACUGAUAACAAGUUCAAACAGGUGUCAUUAAUACAGGUAACGAGUGGAGGACAGAGGAGCCUCUUAAAGAAGAAGUUACAGGUCUGUGAGAGCCAGAAAUCUUGCUUGUUUGUAGGUGACCAAAUACUUAUUUUCCACCAUAAUUUGCAAAUAAAUUCAUUAAAAAUCCUACAAUGUGAUUUUCUGGAAAAAAAAUUCUCAAUUUGUCUGUCAUAGUUGACGUGUACCUAUGAUGAAAAUUACAGGCCGCUCUCGUCUUUUUAAGUGGGAGAACUUGCACAAUUGGUGGCUGACUAAAUACUUUUUUUCCCCACUGUGUUUAUGUCCCUUGCUGCUAGUACAUCAGUUCUUUAUUGUCAUAACUGUUGUUUCCUAUUGAUCCCCCAGGCUCUUAGAGACUAUGGGAUUGUCCUCCUCCUUCCCAGCAAGAAGGAGAUUGACCUGAAGGUCUUAAUCAAUCGUGCCCUUCUCUACGUGGAGCUGAGUGACCAUCACAAUGCCUUACAGGUAGUGUCCUGUAGCUAGUAUUGUCAACAGGCAUUGUUCACUGUGCAAAUUCUCAAGCCACUGAGCCCAGGCUGGACAGAUAUAUUAGACAGAGAGACUUUGGGACAUUGUACAGAUGUAGGAUCUUAAUUUGAUCAUCCUUUUGCAGGAGAACUUUCCUGCAAUGCACUUUCAGAUUUGAUUUUCCCUUACGAAAAAUGUAUCAACCCCUACAAAAAUGUACAUUAAUUAUAAACCACAACAUAAUUCAAAUUUCCUGUUGCUGCAGGAUUAUUUUCCUGAUGGAGCGAACUGUCUCAAAUUUAAGAUCCUGCAUCUGUAGAAUGGUUGUAUGUAUUAGACAAAGAGACUAUGGGACAUGGUACAUACUAUAGGUUGUAAGUAUUACUAUUGACAUGUUAGAUAUGGUGUAUGUGUUAGGACAUGGUCGAUAGAUAGAUAGAUAGAUAGAUAGAUAGAUAGAUAGAUAGAUAGAUAGAUAGAUAGAUAGAUAGAUAGAUAGAUAGAUAGAUAGAUAGAUAGAUAGAUAGAUAGAUAGAUAGAUAGAUAGAUAGAUAGAUAGAUAGAUAGAUAGAUAUAUAGAUAGAUAUAGGUUGUAUGCAUUCGCCAUAGGCGAUUAGUUAUCUCACAUUGUUCAAUCAUUCAUCACAAGCAGGGUUGGCGUUGAUUGCAUAUUUCUGUUUCUUCAUUCCUAUUCAUGUCAUGAUACCAUUGGAGUGUACAUAGCAAUAUCACAUAGUAAUGUGUUCGGUAGCACCACAAUCAUCAUCUACCUGUUAAUCUGUUCAUCCAUGGUGUCUUCAGUGAAGUUGUUGUUGUGGUGUACUAUCUUUCUCCUGCAGGAUUUCAAAGCUGCCUCCUUGAGAAGUCCAGAGGAUGCCACCAUCUACCAUGCCCUAGGAGUCUACCAUCACAGGUCUCUCCCCUCACACACUCAGUAUAGACACCCUAACACCGUAUCACCACCCAAUAACAUGUUAUUCUUCCCAAGCAUCUCUACUUUCAGAGUGUGAUAGUAUAUUCCAUGCAGUAUCUCAAGUUGUUAUCCAAACCAUGCUAUUCAUUUAAUUUUUUUAGUGGUAUUCAUAAUUUCCAGUUGAGCCUCCAGUGGGAAAUCCAACUUAUGCUGCCGUUAAUAGUGAAUUAAUAUUUGCGUGUUGCCUGAAGGCAAGACCAUAAACACUGCAUGACCUUUUAUGAAGAAUGAUUGAUGAUUUCAAUUAAUAACUUUAAUGGUUAUUGUUCUAAUGUGGUCAUGAGCUGACUCACAGGCCAAAUCCCUGUAUCACACUGAGUUUGUAAGACACUCUCUCAUCUUACUGUUAGACACGUUGUAAUCAGGCUACCAGUGUUGGGAACAGCAGAAAUCAUCCAGACUGUCUCUUUACUCUCCCUGUGUACAGAACAUAGAAGAAUAAAACAGAAUAUCUAUAUAGAGAGCUUCUCACAGAGAAAUCCCAUGAGGCCUUUUAACAUCUUUCAAAUGUUCAAAGCCGUAUUGAAAGCAGGUUGUUCACGCCGAGCUAAAACAUGGCUCUCAGAGAGUUGGGGGAAAGAAAAUGAAACAGAAAGCAUUUCGGAGAAAAAGAGACACUCAGAGGAACAGCACUCAGCAAGGUCAUUCAGACAUGCUCUAUUGAAAGAUGUGAUCCUUCAUGUCGUUCCCCCUUCUUAUGAAACACAUUUUAGAAUGGGGGAUAUUAUAGGUAAUGGUAUUGACCCAGAACACAUAUACUGGGAGGCACCAAUUCCUUUGGAAACUGUGGUCAUUUGGAGAGUGUUAAUAGAUGUGGAGUAGAGUAGUGGUUGUUGCACGGUCAUCAGCUAGCCUGAACAAUGACUGUUUUUCACAGGAUCUUUAAAUGUGCCCAGUUAGAUGGGUGGUGAUGUUUAUUUUCUAUGGGAAUGGAUUUUAAGAGCAUACUGCUUUAACAACAUCUUAUAAUUAACUCUAUGACGUGUGUGUGUGUGUUUGUGCGUGCCUGUGUGCUUGGGUGUGUCCUUUAGGCUGGGUCAGCUCCAGGAGUCAGUUGAAGCCUACAGCCAGGCCAUGCAGAUCAGCCCGUUCUUCCUAGAUGCCUACGUGGGGCGGGGCAACGCCUGCAUGGACUACGGCCACACCCAGGCUACCAAACAGGCUCAGAGGGACUUCCUUUCCGCCCUGCACCUUAACCCCCUCUGCUCCAACGCACGCAUCUGCUUGGCUUACAACUUCCAGGUAACCCUAACCAUAACAUUCAAUCCUAACCCCAAACCCUUACCAUAACUCUAGCUUCAUGUCCAUUGUGCACAUCCUGGUUCAACCCUAACGCUAACCAUAGCUUCAUGUCCACAUCCUGGUUCAACCCUAACCUUAGCCUCAACCACAACCCUAACCCUGAACCUGAACUUGUCACAUGGCUCUGUUGACAUAUUAUUCAAAGUAGAAUCUACUUGGAGAGCAGUAGGUUGUUGAAAUUAUUUUUAUCAAUGUGAAUAGUGCUUCAAAGUCAAGUGUAUUGUGUAAUGUGUGUAUCCUCACGUAUUAUACAUUUACUGUACAUUGUGAAUGAAUUCAUGUUAAUUACUAUAUUGCUGAGUGUUGAAGAGCAGACCACUUCUGGCUCUUGUUGCGCUGUUCAUGAUAGGAUGAAGAGGGGGUGGAUUUAAAUCAAUUAAACCUGGUCAGACAUACUUAUGUGCAUAAAAUAGCCUUCUUGUGUCUCCAUUUGUGACCAAUAUCUAUUCAUAUAUUCACUCACUGUAUUCACUCCAAUCAUGUUGCUAAGAUUUGCAUUUGCCGCAUUUAAAAGAAAACAGGCAACUUUCUAUAAGAAAAUAAAUAAGAAGACAGCUGUCAACAUGUUUAACUGCCAUUGUUUAAGAAUAGCAAACCAAUUCUAGCAUUUUUUUUCUAAAUGUAAAUUCAUGCAUUAGCAGUUGGCAUUUUCAAACUUCUGUCCAUCUGCUUCUCCAGGUUUUCGGUUGCUUCCAGAGAGCCUGGAACCAGUUCACGGUGGCAGCAGAGAUUGACUCCAAGUGCUGGAAGGCGUUUGAGGGGCGAGCUGUCAUCAACCUGCAGAUGGGCAACACUUAUGCUGCUUUCCAAGACAUUAACAUGGCUCUGAAGGUACCCCAUUGGAUACAUACAGCAUCAAACCCAUUGAUGUUAGUUCUAAGCAGGCUGGUUAGUAAUGAGAUAAAAGUCCACUUUUUCUGUGAAUGUUUAGACCUGGUAAGUAAUGUGGAUCCCGUCUGGAAUUGCAGUUUCCUGCUUCAGUAAUGGAUGGCUGCUGUGAAGAGAGAUAAUUGGCUGAAUAUCCUCCACUCAGUCAGGAGAGCGUGUUUAGACCAUGUUUAUAAAAUGCAAGCUGUUGAGUACACUGGGGGAAGACCCUGCCGGUGUGUACUGCCAUAUUCAGCGUUUCAGCAAAUAACUUGGACAUGAUGUAUUAUAGCUAUGUGGUUGGUGUUUUGUUUCCGGUCAAUCAGGAGAUAGAAUGCAGGUUGUUGGAGUAAGACUACCAGUGUUGCCGUAUUCAGUGUUUCAUCCCUUAUAGCAGGGUUUCCCAAACUCGGUACUGGGGCCCCCACUGGGUGCAUGUUUUGUUUUUUUGCACUAGCACUACACAGCUGAUUCAAAUAAUGAAAGCUUGAUGAUGCAUUGGUUAUUUGAAUCAGCCAAGAUUGGGAAGCCCUGCCUUAUAAUAAUAACUUGGAGAUGUUGUAUCGUAGCUAUAUAUUCAGUGUUAUUAACUGUGAUCCUUGCCUGGCCUUUCUGUAGCACCAUCCUGUGUCAGAUCAGCUGCUGACUAACCGAGGGGUGAUCAACCAGUUCAUGGGGGACAAAGCCAACGCCAUGAAAGACUACCAGGGAGCCAUCUCUCUCAACCCCAAGUACGCCCUGGCCUUCUUCAACGCUGCUAACCUCUACUUCUACAACAGGCAGUUUGAACAAGUAAAAGGCCUAUUUCAAUCUAAUGGAUUUUAUUCUGAUGUACUGUCAGUGUCAUGUGUAAAACCUAGUUCACAUCCUCUGAGCUGUGAACUGUUUUACACUUAAGGGUCAUUCACAUCCUGUAGGAUGGGUCUCACUGUAUCCAUACACUCUCUUUGCUCUUCUCCUCCCUGUGUGCUCCUGCAUGACGGUGGUUCUGUGUGCUCCUGGCUGGUGAUCCUCCAGGCCUGUGAGCACUACAGCCGGGCGUUUGAGCUGGACCCAGCGGAUGAGUCGGCGGUGCUGAACAGGGCCAUCACCAGGGCUCUGCUGAGGAAGGUUCCAGAGGCCCUCCAGGACUUCUCUGAGGCCCUGAGACUCAACCCUUAUUCCUCACACGUGUUCUUCAACCGAGCCAAUCUCUACAGCUCCCUGCGCCAGUACAGGCAUGCAGAGAAGGACCUCAGUCAAGGUGAGCACUGAGCAGCAAUCAACAGCCUUUUACUGCUCACUCCUUUGUUCCUCGAUGGCUGCCCUUGUGUGUGUCUCAAUGUGUUUCCUGUUGAAUAGAGAUUCUCAGUCCGCUGCGUGCCAGGUAUUGUACAGAGACUUGUAACAAGUUACAAGGUCAGAUGUUGUAUUGUACUGUAGUGUAUUUUGGGGGGGUAUUAAGCACUUAUUGUGUUUAAGCCUGUUAAAUCAGUCUGUCUCAAGGAUAUUUGGUUCAGUGCAUUGUGUUGUUGUAUUGUGUUGUGUUGUAUGCUAUGUGGUAAUGAAUCAAACCUACAACCAUUGCAGGCACCAUGCUCCAGACAACUGAGCCAAUGAGUUUUAUUUCCCUAAUGACUUGUGAUUCCCAGAUAAGAUUCAGUAAUUGUGGCCAAUGAUAGGGUUUUAAUUAACCCUGGGUGAUGAAUGUGUGACCUGGCAGGGGGCUAUGACAGCAUCUCUGUUGUUGUUCUGUCAGCAGUAGUCGGUUAUUUUUCGUUUUUUAUACAAGUAAUUGACUGGCGUCGGUUCAGUUAUUUGAAUUACAUUUAGUUCAUUUUUUUCUUAUUCUGUGAGCUUGAUGUGCAAUUUCUGUAGAGAUAAAUCAGAUCAAGCCUGAACUGUGUGAUGUUGUAGUUUCCAACAGGCCAAUAUUCUACAUAGUUUAGCACAGAAAACAUGGUAAUUAACUACAAUUACCAUAAUCCAUUACGCGGCCACUUAAACUUGUCUGGUCUGUGUUGAGCAAGACACGGAGACUGAGAGAAGAGAGAACUCGCGAUCGAGAGGGUAGAGAAAGCAGUUGCUUCGCGAGCCUGAAAAUACAUGAUCUAAGUGAUUGAUAUUUGAUAUUCGGCAGUCAUAAAAGUAUCCCUUAUUUACUUUGAAGAACUACUAAAAUAGUGGUUCUGUCAGACAACAGCUCUAUAUGAGAUGAUGACUUGGAAUUAAAUAAAGUCCUCAAAUAAAACAAAUAUUUUAUUAAAGUAAUGGUGUGUGUAAUAAAGAGCAGCCUGGUGACCUAGAGGCCAGAGGGGGAGUAUACGUGACACAACCCACAUAAUGCAUAGUGCAUUUAAUGUCAAAAUAAUGUUAUGUCAAAUGUUUUUACAUUUUAUAAUCGAACCAAAACUGAACUGACCUCAAAAAGCACUAAUCACUCAGCACUAGUCAGCAGGGCUGUUAUGUUUCACAUACUGCUGUUGGGACAAUUUCUGAUACUAUUAUUUCACACUUGUAUUGUAUUGAGGACAACAUUGUGUUACAAACAGGCACAGGCUAGCCUACCAUCUUACCUCUGUACAGACAAGGCAUAUUCCCUCUCUCUCUCUCUCUCUCUCUCUCUCUCUCUCUAGUUCCUCGCUUAUCUCGCUCUCUCUCUCUCUCUCUCUCUCUCUCUCUCUCUCUCUCUCUCUCUCUCUCACACACACAUAAUGCAACACUGUUAGAGUCUACAGAUUACGUCCCCCUGCUGCCGUUACUCUGAGAGACAGGCAAAGACUUGGUCUGAAAACCUUCUCUCUUUUUGUUUUGGAUGUAUAAUAACCGGCCAAUAGUUGGAAAUAAAAACACCCAAUUAAACAUAUUGAACAAAGCAAAGGACAGCAGCACAGUGCAGUGACACCUCUCUCUGGCAGACAGACAACACCAAGACCAAGAAGAAGGCCACUUAUUUUUCAUGAGAAAAGAGGCAGCUUGAGUUUCCAUGGUGAUGAUACAAAACCUAUAAUAAUGCAUGGUCAGCAGGACAGAAUUAGUCCAACACUUUUUUUCAUGAGGAUUCAUCCAACAAAUGGAUUCAUUGUGGGUGUUGAUGGAACCAACUCUGUGGUGCUUAUGAUUUAGAGAAAAUCCACUGAUUCAAUGAAUUAAUGUGUUUUAGGUGUUGUAGAAGACUUGUUCACUUGAUUGUAUUGUUAAAAAGGGAAUUGCAUGGAACUGAAUCAAAUCUUAAUUUGAUUAGUUGUUUUAGCAGAGACCAAGACCAUUCGAUUCAUCAGGUGUAUGUCGAGAAGUGGAGAAUUCAAGUGUUAUGACUUUAAAUACUAUAGCUAGCUAUGAAUAGACAGCCUCAAACUGUCUGGUCUUGGUCUUAAUGUAUAUGUAUUCCCUAGCUCUUCUCCUCCAGCCCAACGAUGCCCUGGUCUACAAGCUCCGUGCUGAUGUCAGAGGCCACCUGGGCUUGACUGACCAAGCGGUGCAUGACUACAGAACAGCAGUGGAACUCCAAGAGGCACUGGAGGGCUGA